UGCUCGAACAUCGAAAAUUGUCUGUCAAGCCAAACAUAUGUUUUAAUUUUUGUUCAAUAAGUUUUCAAUUGAGUUGUAUUUCAAAAAAGACUAUGACGGCAGCAUUUAGUUCAAAUGAUUCCUCAAUAAUCGAGCGACAAGUUGACCAGGUGCAAGAUGAAGAAAUCUGCCUUGAAAGUUUCUGGAGUCAUCAGGAAUUGAAACGUUGUGUGGCCUGGAUAAAUGAAUAUAGCUUCAAAAAGAUCUGUCUUCAAUUCCCAGAUGCGCUGUUGCCUUGCAGUACAACUGUAGUAGAGCAACUCCAGCAAGAAUUACCUACUGUGGAACUGUUCGUAUUGGGUGAUACAUCUUACGGAAGUUGUUGCGUAGACGAAAUCGCGGCUUCGCACGUAAACGCAGAUGGUGUCCUUCACUUUGGACAUGCAUGCCUCAGCCGUUCCAAUCGUUUACCAACCAAAUAUGUAUUUCCUCGCAGCCAGCUUAAUACGGAUUGUUUUAUGACAAGUAUUUGCGAGCAGUUCUCAGACCCAGACACCGAACUUGCAAUAUUCUACGAUGUUAGCUAUGCAUAUUGUAUCGAAGAGAUAGAGAAUUUAAUGAAAGGCACUCACAAGAAGUUUUCAAUCGGUCAACUAUCCACGACUGGUAAUAUAUCAGAUCAGUGUUGGAAAUUGGACGGAAAAAGCUUUGAGGAAGCUGUAUGCAUUUUUAUCGGUCGUGACAAUCGAAGUUUCUUCAAUACCUCGAAUAGUAUUCAAGCAAAACAAUGGUUUCGAUUUGAUCCUUAUUCCAAUGCUCUAAACCUUGCCGAUCCACUCGAUUCUAGAUGGUUUCGACGUCGUCUUUUCUACAUCGAGAAAUGCAAAGACGCCACUUCACUGGGAAUCGUUGUUGCCACACUGACUGCUAGCGGCUAUUUGGAUGUAGUAAGUCGAAUUCAGAAAAUGGCUAGAGCUCGUAACAUCCGGACUUAUAUCAUAUCAGUAGGAAAAAUCAAUCCAGCCAAAUUGGCUAACUUUUCUGAAAUCGAUUGCUUUGUACUGGUUGGAUGUCCAGAAAAUGACCUAUUUACCUCGCGAGAUUUUUUUAAACCUCUAGUUUCAGUUUACGAAUGCGAACUAGCGUUCAAUCCAGCUUGGAUUGGCCAGUUUCCCACUAGUUAUAGUACGAAUUUCAUUGACAUAUUACCUGCUGGACGGUUUCAUAAGGAGUUCGAUCCGGAUUCUGUGAAUUCUGUUGGGGCUGAUAUAAGCCUAGUAACCGGUAAGGUUCGGAACAUAACCCGCAGAGAGGACGAUAAGGUAAAAGAAAAUACCUGCCAGGAGAUACAGUUGAGGGGCAAGAAUGAAUUGGCCCAAGUAACCUCUGGAGAGGCCUUCCUUGGUAGGUCUUGGCAGGGAUUGGAGCAGAACCUUGGACGAGAUGCUCCUGCAAUGAUUGAAGAAGGACGAAGUGGAAUUCCAAUUAAAUACGCAAAUGAUUUAGACCAGAAAUAAAGUGUUACAUGACGUACAUACAUUUUGUAUGUAAGCUAAA